GCCGAUGAUCGCCACCCUGCCAUUACGACCCUCGGUGAACAACGGGACCAUCGUACCAAAGAAAAGUGGUGGCACUCUGCCAUCCCCAUCUGGUUCUGGAUCCAGAAAGGACACCAGCGCGCCAUCCAGCAGAAGUUUGUCUCCUUUGUCUCUGCCAACCAGAAUUCUGUCUCCACUGCUCAGCACGGUGAGGAGAGCCAACUCCAACGAACACGUGGGUUCUCUCACACGGAAAGAUUCGGGUGACUCCAAGGGCAACAGAACUCGCGCGGGGUCCACGGGAAGUAAUUCCAGCGGCAAAAGAAGUGACAGCAAGCAGAGGGACCCAGUGUUCAAUGCAGGUAAGAGCUGUAGCCACGUGACGCUGACGAGUCACAUGUCAAUGGAAUUUUUAAUGAAGCAAAACGUCUUAUUAUUGGGGAAUUCCUUCCUCCGUCAUCCAUUGUCUUUCACAUUACCGAGCACACUUCAUUCAUCACUUCAUUUUCAUUCCUGACACACAUUGUUUCAAUGAAACAUUCUGAGGUGAACAGUUUUAGACCGCUUGCAUUUUAAAGCCCCUUUAGCUAUUCUCUAUGCUGUAAUAACCU